AGGCACACAUUCUUUGCCCACUCCUUAAACUGUUACAGUCGGUAUGAGAAAGAUACUCCCACACUGUGUUUUGUAGGGAUUUUCCCAGCGACAAUGCAGGUACAGUGCCUUUUCUCGGGCUCUAGAACCAGAGGACGCAGUCUCAGAUUAAGAGAUAGGAACUGGACUCUAUUUGCAAAUACCCUGAGAUUCCUGCUGUUUCUCUAAGAAAUGUUUGAAGGAAAGGCCUGAGAUGCAGAACAGGAAAUAGAGAAUUUUGGAAGUGUACACUUAUUGACACCAGUCACAAGAGGGAGAAACCAAUUGUUACCCGGAUUUUUACGAAUGAAGGAUCGAAUCUCUGUGAUAAGGAACUGAGAUAUUGAACAAACCAGAAAUUCAAAAAGCAGAGAAACUGAGGGUGUGAGAGAGUGUCUAACCAAAUACAAAGGCUCACUAGACCAGACACAAAGAUCAGGCGGGACCUGUCGGCGCGGGUGGUCGGUUGAAUCCCGAUGAAUGAGCAGCUCCUGAUUGCAGACCGGAACAUCACUUUUCAAUUCAUUAGUGUCGGCGCACAAUUUACUCAAAUUGCUGAAUAGCCGUUUUUCAAGGGAAAAAAAAAUUGCUGAUUGUACAUCUAAAUAUCAAGUAUAUCUGGUAAUCCGGUUUGGUAAUUGUCUUCAAAAUACCUGUGGAAGAACAACAAGAAUGUUGGAUCAGCCUGUUUGCUGGCCACUACACCGGAAAUAUAUCCUGAGCGGUCUCUUAGCGACUUUUCUUUGUGGUGCUUUUCAUUGGCGAGGAAAUUCAUUCACAAAUUAUUGGAAACCAGUGGAACAAAAAUCAGGUUACGAUGUUGGAUAUGCAUCCUUGGAUCUGGCAGAAAAGAACUCGAGUUGUUGGAAGAUAAUUAGUGGUGACCCUGAAGCUAUUGAAGAGGCUGUUUUAAACUCCAACACUAUCGCAAACAAGCAUAAAGCCGUAAAUGAAAUGGAUUAUUUAGCAAUGACGCAAGACUGCAACAAUUUUGUUAAAAUCCGCAAAUACAUCAGUUUCCCGUUAAGUACAGAGGAACGCGAUUACCCCCUGGCCUAUUCCAUGGUGAUCCAUAGCAACAUUGAGAUGUUCGAGAGGCUCCUAAGAAGCAUUUAUGCUCCACAGAACGUGUACUGUGUCCACGUGGACAGGAAGUCUCCAAAUCAAUUUCACUCGGCUGUCCAGGCCAUCGCUUCCUGUUUCAGUAAUGUUUUCAUUGCAGGAAAGUUAGAAUCGGUGACAUACGCCUCAUGGUCCAGAGUUCAGGCUGACCUGAACUGUAUGGAAGAGCUGCUGCACAGCCCUGUCCCGUGGAAAUACCUCAUAAAUGUUUGCGGACAAGACUUUCCAACGAAAACCAAUUGGGAGAUAGUCAACAGUCUUAUGGCCAUGAGCGACUCAAAUAUUAUGGACUCAGUAGCCCCGCCAAACUACAAAAAGAGAAGAUGGGAAUUUCAUUAUGAAAUCCGUAACGGUGUCGUCAGAACUCAGCAAAAGAAGAGUCCCCCACCCAUAAGCAGUCCCAUGUAUGUGGGGGGUGCCUACAUUCUUGUCACCAGAGAAUUUGUGAGGACUUUGUUUGCGAACCCGGAAAUCCAAGCGUUUUUCAAGUGGUCCGAGGACACCUACAGCCCCGACGAACACAUCUGGGCAACCUUAAUGAGGAUGCCUGAGAUACCCGGCUCCAUACCGUACACUCCAGGACACCACAAGAGUGACCCAGCUGUUACCCGAGCAGUGAAGUGGUCUUUUGAGGCUGGUGAUGUAGCGAAGGGAGCCACAUAUCCACCUUGCACAGGAAGGUACCACCAUCUAAUUUGUGUUUAUGGGUCUGGAGAUCUACCCUGGAUCCUCCAACAGGAAAGUCUGUUCGCGAACAAGUUUGAUCCGCAAGUGGACAACACAGCUGUGCAAUGCUUCGAGGAAUAUCUCCGAUACAAAGCGUUUAAUGAAACACGGUCUUAAGAAUGAAUGGGUGUAAAUGAACUUAACGAAGAAUGCAGGGUUGUAACAUAGAAUAAAUCACAAUUUAGGACUGAGGCAAUCUGCUGAAUAAUAAUGCAGGACGAUGUCAGAUAUGAACUGAAAAAAGUAACAAGACCUAUUAUUAAGUAAACCUGGGUCAAAAUCUUGGAACUCAAUUCCUAUUAGCGCGGUGGUUAUACAUAAACCAUGUGGUCUGCAGCGGAUCAAGAAGGCGGCUCACCAUCACCUCGUCAAGGACAAUUAGAGUUCGGCAAUAAAUGCUGACCUAGCUGGCGAUGUCCACACUCCGUGAAACAAUAAUGAAAGCUGGAGAUUUCUCAUCAUUAGGGCUGUAGCAGUGGAAGUGUCAUUCACUCAAACUGGAGAAUUCCCAGGAACUGAAUCCUUCAAUUGAAUUAUAUUAUUCACAGUUACAGUACCAGAUAUUCCUAUCUUGUACAUCAAAGCAAUCCAAAGCUGUUGUGGCAUAUAUAUCAGAGAGGUUGUUUUGUCCGCAUGUCUGGAACUAAAUACACUUUAAUAUACGAAA